AUCACUAUGAUUUCCACUUCGUAAACCGUGAUCAACUUAACAUGAAACCUUCCAUUUGGGUCAGACAUCAGUUGUGCAAGACAAGGGUGCUAUAUCACAAUGAUUGGAAGACUGACUCCUGUGAUUCUUCUUUGCACAGUGUCUCUGAUUCAACCGGCAGAUGUUCCUCGUCCCAUCAAUAUGACUGUGGUUGAAGUUGGUGGAAGUGUUACUAUGCAAUGUCCAGUUUCUAUUGCGGAAAUUAAAUUCUUUCACUGGUAUAAGCAGUCUCUUGGAUAUAUGGUCCAAACUGUUGCUACAGGAGUUUAUGGCAACAUAAACUGCCUUGGACUAUUUAAAAACCCACGUUUCAAAGUCGAUGGUCAGUAUUUUUUUAGCAUCAGAAAUGUUACCAAAGAGGAUGAAGCAAUAUACUUCUGUCAAGGUGGAACAGAGUUGUCACAAGAUUUUUUGGGUGGAUUCUUCUUGGCAGUAAAUGAUAACAAUCAGCAGACUGUUUACUUGAAACAAAGUCCGAAGACAGCAUCGGUCCAGUUGGGAGGCUCAGUGACUCUCCAGUGUUCACUUCUCUCUCAGAACAAAGGGAACACAGAUCAGUGUCCAGGUUCACACAGUGUGUACUGGUUCAGAGCUGGAUCAGGAGAAUCCCAUCCAGGCAUCAUUUACAGUCAUAAGAGCAGGAAUGGUGAACAACAGAAAAGGAGCUGUGCCUACAAUCUCUCCAAAACUAUAAGGAAUUCCUCUGAUACUGGGACUUACUACUGUGCUGUAGUCACAUGUGGAGAGAUGCUGUUUGGUGAAGGAACCAAAGUGGACACAACACCAGAAUUAGACCAGAUCAGCCUUGUACUUGGAGUGCUGUUGGCCUGCUGUGUGACUGUAAUUGUCGUUCUUAUUUUCUACAUAAAUCGAAGGAGAGUUUGCGAACAUUGCAAAGGAGCAAUGAAUGGCACCCAUCUUCUUGGACAUGACAAGUCAACUGUGGACCAAACAACUGAUUUGGAUGGUGAAGCAGUGAACUAUGCAGCACUGGAUUUCUCCACAAGGAAACUGAAAAGAGGGAGAAAAAAGGGAGAUUUGCCACAAGAGUGUGUGUACUCUGUUGUUAGAACAGAUUACCACAAUCAACAACACCCCUACCUAUAGGCAGAGCACGGCCUUUGCGCUCCACACUGGAUCUUGAUGUAACUGGUGAGAAAAAGAGAGAGUGACCGAGCAAGAAAAGAGUACAUAUAGGAUUGGCUUUUACACUUUGGCUUGAGCAAAAAAAAUACUGAAAGGACAGAUGCCAAGCCUUUAUGCUGUUGGACUAGUAAAUAAUGUUAGAUGGCUUGUUAUGUCUUGUGUUGUAGUACUUGCUUGAUGUUUGGCUGUGUUAUCAAAGUUGUUGACCUGCUACUUUUUGAUCACACAUAAUGAAAUCAUAACGGGCGUGUAAGUGAAUUGUGCUUUUAAACUUGUGACACCAUAACGCAACAAAUACCAAUUAUUGCAUAAUUUUGCUUCAAAACGUACAUUUAUAUUGUCUUCUCACAUGAUUGCUGAUGGGCAAAGCAAGGCUUUGUGAAACAUUGAAACGUUCAAAGCAAUAAUGUCAGAAUUGUGUCGAGGAUUCGAAACACUUCGAAACACUUCGAUCUCUAUCUACUGGUCACUUUUGAUAUUGACAUUGAAACAAUGACUGACCAGCCAACUCUAAACGUCUUAUCAAUACAUGACCAGCAGGAUUUCGGAGAAAUCACCACACAACAAACACACAAACGCAUUCAGAUUGUCAGAGAUGGCAGAUGGGGAUUGCAAUAAAAGUGUGUUUAAAUAAAA